CCUAUCGCUGGCCUCGGCCGCCGCUUCCCGGCCUGAGGAACAUGGCGAAGACCUACGACUACCUCUUCAAGCUGCUGCUGAUCGGCGACUCCGGGGUGGGGAAGACGUGCGCGCUCUUCCGCUUCAGCGAGGACGCCUUCAACGCCACCUUCAUCUCCACCAUCGGAAUCGAUUUCAAGAUCAGGACGAUAGAGCUCGAUGGCAAGAAGAUUAAGCUGCAGAUCUGGGACACCGCUGGGCAGGAACGCUUCCGGACGAUCACGACAGCUUACUACAGAGGAGCCAUGGGCAUUAUGCUGGUGUACGACAUCACCAACGAGAAGUCGUUUGAAAACAUUCGGAACUGGGUCAGAAACAUCGAAGAGCAUGCAUCUCCAGAUGUGGAAAAAAUGAUCCUCGGGAACAAGUGCGACAUGAAUCACAAGCGCCAGGUCUCCCGUGAGCAAGGAGAGAAGCUGGCCAGCAGCUUCGGCAUCAAGUUCAUGGAAACCAGCGCCAAGGCAAACAUCAACAUAGAGAAUGCGUUUUUCACUCUCGCCAGAGACAUCAAAGCGAAAAUGGACAAGAAACUGGAAGGCAACAGCCCUCAAGGCAGCAGCCAGGGAGUGAAGAUCACUCCCGAGCUACAGAAGAAAACCAGCUUUUUCCGAUGCGCCCUCCUCUGAGGGGGAGCAGCCUUAACGCGAGCCUCUGCUCAAGCUUCCUGGGCCGUGCCUGCUUGCAAGGGGCUCCUCCUUCUGUCCCC